UGGAUCGUCCGUGUUUCACCUGUGUACCGUUUUCCUCGUUUUUUCCAUUCCAGAGCCAUUCAGUACACAUGCAUGUUGCUUAGCUAUUUAAUAGAGCGUAAGGCUGAUACAGAGAAGCUGGUAAUGAAACUCAAGCAGUUGGAAUCUAGCAUGAGCUCUGGCCGGAAAAUGUUCAGACUGGGCAACAUGGUACACGCCUUGGUAGCAGCCAGGAGAACUACACAGCUGCCAGAUGUGGUUCCUCGCGUCUGCCUUACAGCCUCCAACCUGACCCGUGCCCUCUACUUCAUCUGCGAUGCGGUCCUGUGGUUGAAGAGUAUUGGGUUCCAACCUGACAUCGAUCAGCUGAAGUGGCGGAAUUGGGCUACCAAGUGUUACUACUUCUCACUCCUGAUGAAUCUAGCCAGGGACUGGUAUGAGAUCUCCUGGAGGCUGGAACAAGCUGUACAGGAAGAAAAGACAAAGAAUAAUUCCUUCCAGGACAAACAUAGUCAGGAACUAAACUGUGCGAAAUACAAUGAUUUGCACAGUUUUCUCCUCCUGGUGUUUCAAAUACUGAAAAAACAUCCUCCUUUGCUGCUGGACUUGGUGAAGAAUCUCUGUGAUCUCUCAGGUCCUUUGGAUACAUUAGGGAUCUACAAGACCAACCCAGGCGUGAUUGGUUUCUGUGGCAUCCUCUCAUCCCUGGUGGGGAUCCUCACAUUAUCAAGUCCACAUCUGAAGCUGAAACAGUGACAUAGAAGGAGCUGCACAGCAUGCAGCGAGCCAACAGCUUUGAUCCUCCGAUAGGUUUUUAUCCUCCAUGUGGCACUUUCAAAAUGAACAUGUCCCACAGUAACCUCAAGAUUAAUUUUGUCCUCUGAACAAGUGAAUUCUACCCUUUUUCCUUCCCUGAGUCUUUGCAGAUGAGUUUGGUGCUAUGACACUCUCCCUGAUGGAUUGGAGAUGGGAGAAGGCAGAGUAAUAUUUCACAAACAGAAACAAGACUUGGAACAUGGCUGCUCGAUAAGGAAAUACUGAUGUUGCUAUAUUUUAAUACAGGGCUGUGAAAUAGCUGCAUAGACAACUGUAAGAGGUAUAUGACUCCUAACUGAUGGUGUUUACACUGGAAAGCUAGAAUUCAGCAAUCAAAGGUUCCUACAGUCAGAUUUUCUGUAGUGGGCUCAGACAAGUUAGGAGCUGCGGUUAAAGCGUCUUAAGUCAGGUACGAGUGUUCUGAUGGGUUUGGGUUGGUGGAUCCUGUUCUCUGUACGCAGUGGUUUCAAUGCAGUCUGAUGGUAACUGAAGAGUGGUAUGACCUGACCUUCCCAUGAUCUCUGUGUAGCAUGCACUGGUGACACUGGAUCUGUAGUCUACUGAGUGCCAACUUGUGUCUCAGGAAAUCAGCACUUUCUUCUUUUCCUUCAAUAAUGUGAGCCAAGAACCACUGGCAACCGAGUCUGACUUCUCCAGUAGGCCAUGGCUGAGGGUUUUGGUGAAGGACAGUGUGUGGGAAAAGCUUGUCUGAGUGCUGAUGAUGCUGUGAUUUGUAGGGAACUGGGUUUCCAAAGCUGUGAAUCUGGAACCACUCAUAAGCACUAAAUUUCCCAUUACACAUGCACCUUAACUCCCAAACUCUUGUUAUUCCAAGUGCAACAAUUUUCCAUUAAUCAUAUUGUGAUAAGGAGCUUGUUUUGCUGUUUUAAUUUUAUGUGAAAAAUUCCAGUUUAAUGAGGAGCUUUGGAACCUGCAGUUAAGGAGAGAGGAGCUCAUUGAGUCAGAAAAAUUGCGAGGGUGUGUUUCUAGUUGUGUAAGGUCCCAGAGAGAAGGAAAUGGCAUCGGUCUUGACGAUGUCAGAAUCGCCUGUGAGAAGAAAAGCUUAUUACUGGAUUUGGGCAUUCAUGGUUUAGAUUUUCCUGUCUGGUCCUCCCUAUCCUUCCCUCUCAUGACCACAAGAUUUCUUGUGUGUUCCCUCACUGGUUGAAUGGGUUCUACCAUUUGAAAAUGCCUUAUGUUUGCCCUGCAACUGCAUUAUUGCUCAUCAUUUACCUUGCUGGGAAUGAUUGCCUGGCAGUGUAAUCUAGGUUAAGGAAGAAAUGCUAUGUCAAGCUGUCUAACAGUUAUAUGGCAUUCAGUCUUUGUUGCUCCUGACUUUGCAGAGUACCAGUUCUGACACCAUCUGAGAAAUAAUUGCAUGUUAUAUAGGAGAUAAAAUUAUCAUUUUUCUUCAUCAGAGUUAGGCCUAUGUGUUCUGCUACUUCCUGGUGCAAGGACUCCUUGUUUAAUCUGUCAGAUGUGAACAGAGACGACUCUAACCUGGACCAAGGUACUCUCUUAUGAUUUCUGAUGCUGUCUGAAAACAGAAAUUAAAAGGUGCUGGUCUCCUUUAUUAAAAGGAGAAGGCUGUGGAAUUGAGUAGGCAGUGCCCCCAUUUACCUUAAGUCAUUGUGGUCAGGCUUGGAAUUACUUCCAGUUUGAAUCUAAAAUGUUAGCCUGCCAAUAAAGUGUUUGAAAAAAAGAGGUUGCUGGGCGGGAUAAUUAAGUGUGCUUGAAGACCAAAUGUGGCCUGCAGCAGCUCUUCUUUUUAGUAUGGAACUGAAUACCAUUAAAAGUAGAGCAUGGUGGCAGUUCAGACCAUAAUGGAGCACUAUGUAUGGGGUAUGUUGUCUUCAAGGGCUUCCUCUCCUUUUUAACAACGGAAUUUUUUUGUUUCCUUACUCCAUUUGCCUUUGAGCUCCUGGCAAUGCAGGGCCCAUCCCUCUCUUGGUCAGGUUUGAUCAUUUUCCCUCUGUGUAGCAAUCCCUGGAAGGAAGGAAGAGGAGUCUUGAUGAUCUGGCAGCAGAGGCUUGGCCACCCUUUGUCUACAGAAUUUCAUUGUCAAACAAAAAUGUGUUUUGAAUUCCUCUCAGGGGAGCUCUUGGAUACAAAAUAUUUCUUUCACUGGUUUGGAAACUGAUUCCUCUUUUUCCCUUGUAAUUUGUAGGUAAAGGGGAAAGGACUGACAUAGCGACGUGGGCCCUAGCCAGCUACACCUCCCUGUGCCCUGCCGAGGGAGAAGGGUGGUUUCGUCCCUUGUGCGAGGCAAACACUCUGCAAAGCCGUGAUGUUUCUCCUGUAGGGACUGGCGUAGAUUAGCAAGUACAGACUUAACCUGGGAGUUGGGGCAGUGAAUUUUCAGCCUGUCUCAGCCUUACCUGUCCCAUUCUACAUGAUGUGGG